UUGGACCACUCGGAAUCCUUGUUAACAAACCCGAAGACUUUAAAUGUGUCUACGAUGAUCCUACCUUCGUCACCGCGGUAUCAGUAGACGCUGAAAUUAGUCUUACCGAACAAGCCGCAGGGUUCAGAGCAGUAAUACCCACUGAUACUUCGUCAAGCCUCUUUGCGAUUAAUGCAACUACGCCCGCACCAAAUCCUGAUGCCGAUGGUCCCUGGCUUAGAUCUAAAGCUUUUAAUAACACCGGAAGCGGCGCUUUCUCCAGUGUGACCUAUCUUCAAAGAGUCCGAACUAAAGGAGGAAAUGUACCAGCAGCUAGUCUAU